AUGAUUAUGUGGGAUUAUGGAAAGCAUUUGUCAGCGAGUUGCUGUAUAGAAAAACAAAAAGUUGGGGUUUACCUUCAUGACCCCACUGCAUUUCUUGCAACUGUUGAUCCUACUCUUGUAACCUGGUUGGAGGGUAGUGUUAGAUAUCAAACCAGUGGCAUUACACGAGGUCUUACAAUACUGUACAACAAACAGAAAAAGUGCUGUUAUGCUGAGGAUGAGAUCCUGAAAACUGUGUAUCUUCGUUUUUGGGAGAUGGAUCCGUCGGAUAGCGAUUUUUUCGGAUCAGACUCCGAUGUUGGGUUCCCUAGAGGAGACGAUCUAGACUUUUUAGACGACGAUUCAGAGGCUGAUGAAGAUAGACCUCAAGAUAAGAGAAUAUCAGAGCUGUCACAAGAAGAUAUCAUGCAACUUCAGUUUACAGAUGAGGAAGCUGUCUAUCGAUUCUAUAAGACUUAUGCAAUGAUGCACGGUUUCGCUGUGAGGUUGGAUGAAGUCAGAUGCGAUAGCGAUGGUUCCAUAAUUAUGCGCCAAAUUGUUUGCAAUCGGGCGGGCUCAAGAAAGGAAGAGGUUGAAAAGGACGAAAGAAUCAGGGACCACCGACCCCUAACUCGAAGUUGUUGCCCGGCUAGAAUUCGUGCAAGACUAGAUACAAAAAUUCAGCAAUGGAAGGUUGUUUUGUUCUACGAAGAGCACUCUCAUGAAUUAGUUGCUCCACUCGACAUUAGCAUGAUGCCUGAGUAUCGCACAUUCAGUGUCUCGGAUAAAGCUCAGGCAAAGAAUUUGCACGACAUAGGCAUCAGGAUCUGUCACAUCUUGGGAUACUUGGCUGCUCAAAAAGGUGGAUAUGCAAACUUGCCAUUCAACCAAAAAGACAUGUACAACCUCAUUACUCAAUAUAGGAAGGAAAAGGUGAAGGGUGGUGAUGCAAAUGCUGCAAUAAGCUAUCUGAGAGGUAAAGUUGGGAACGAUUCUUAUUUCUUUGGCAAGUACACAUUAAGUAAUGAGAAUCGAUUGGAAAAUUUGUUCUGGGCUGAUGGGACUAGCCGCAUUGAUUAUGAGUGCUUUGGGGAUGUAUUGACAUUUGAUUUGACUUACAAUAGGAAUGUCUACAAUAAACCACUUGUUAUAUUUUCUGGUAGCAAUCAUCAUGGGCAGACCGUCGUAUUCGGUUGUGGUCUUCUUGUUAAUGAGGAUAUUGGUUCAUACAAGUGGCUCUUGGAAACUUUUUUGGAAGCAAUGGGGAGUAAACACCCUACGGUAGUUGUCACUGACGGAGAUCUUUCAAUGAGAGAAGCAAUUAAACAGGUCUUUCCUUCUGCAACACAUCGACUAUGUGCAUGGCACUUACAUAGGAAUGCAUGCGAGAAGGUUAAAAACAGUGGAUUUCUAAUGGACUUCAAGCAAUUGAUUUAUGCCAAUGUGAGUGUUGAAGAGUUUGAGGUCAGGUGGGAAGACAUGGUGGCCAGGUAUAACUUAUCAAGCAACUCUUGGGUCAUCCAAACCUAUGAGAUGAGGAAUCUAUGGGCUCUUGCAUAUUUAAGGGACCAAUUUUUUGGGCGAAUCAGGACAACAUCCCAGUGUGAAGGGAUUAACUCUCUAAUAAAAGCAUAUAUGAGAAAGAAAGAUACCCUUCUUGAAUUCAUCAAUAACAUGGAGACCGUGGUUAUCCAUUACAGGAACAAUGAAAGAGUCGCAGAGUUCAAUAGUAAAUAUACCGCUCCAGUACUUGUGACUUCUUUGCCGACACUUGAAGAUUUUGCUGCAAAGACUUUCACUCGUAACAUGUUCCGGGAGGUCAGGAAGGAAAUUGAGGGUGCUUGUGCAAUGAAUACAGAGUUGGUAAUUCAGGAUGGUGGAAAACUAUACUUCAAGUGUAACAUUUUUGGAGUGCCAGAGAUUCAUCAUGUGGUUGAGUUUGACAGAAUUCGGGAGAUUCUUUGUUGCGAGUGUCUGUGGUUCGAAAAUAGAGGAAUUCCCUGCAUGCAUAUAUUCACCUGCCUAAAGCACCAACACGUUGAAGUCAUUCCAGAAAGCUUAGUGUGCAAGCGUUGGACGAAGAAUACCAAGAGUGACUUCAUGAAGUCAAACGUCGAUGAUCCAAGUGAUUCUGAUAAGGUACUAAAGUGUCGUUUGGGUGUGUUGGGUGCUGAGUGUUCUAGGUUGAUGGAUUUGGCCUGUAAGAAUUCAAGUGAUUUUGUCGAAGCAAUGAAUAGUGUUGUCGACACAAUUACAAAACUCCAAAAUGUGACAGGGCACUACAACAAAAGUUGUCCUAAUGCUCCUGGUAGAAUCCCAAAGGAGCCAGUAGACGAUGAUACAGAAACGAAUAUCAGCAGCAUCCUCCCUAAGCACAAAAGACAUGACAGUAUGAAAAAUCAGCAUAAGAUGGAAAAAGAUAGGAACAUUAGUGGUGGAACAACACCAACCUCAGCAGCUAAGUCGGCUUUUAUUGAUCAAGUGAAAACAUCAAGUCUUGGUCCCAAUAUCCUGGUUUGUGCGUCUACAAGUAACGAAGAGUCCGGGAUGGGUUCCAUACCAGCUGGGUCUUCUGUUGUGGCCCCUAAAACUGGAAUGGCAGCUUGA